AAGGUCGAAGUGUCUAAAAUUUAUGCAGCCGUUUGGUCUACAUUUCUUUUUUAUUUUCGCGCAGAUAAAUGCGCCGCCGCAUGUAAUCUGUCUCACUAUACUCUGGGUUCACAUACUAUACUAACGACUGUUUUUACAUCUACGAUAAGUUUCGUGAAUGUGGCAUGUUUACUUUCACUUCAUAGCAAAUCAAAAGGAAUGUCAAACUAAGCAGACGACGCAAAGAUGACAGAUAAGCGAUUUAUUUUAGCAAUAGACAUUGGAACAACAACGAUAAGAGGUCACGUGUAUGACGAGAAGGCAGAGUUAAUUGGACAGGGAUUGCAGAAGUUGGAGUUUUCCGUUCCAGAAAGGGGCCAUGUCGAAAUCAUUCCAGAUGUCCUUUGGUCACAGUUCUUGGCAGUCGGUAGAGAGGCAAUAGAAGAUUCCAAAGUUCCAGCCGAUCAAAUAGCAUCUAUCGGAAUUUCAACACAGAGGGCGACAUUUACGACAUGGAACAAGCGCACCGCGUGUCACUAUCACAACUUUAUCUCAUGGAACGACACCCGGGCAGCUCAGUUCACUGAUUCGGUCAACAGGGCAAUUACUUUCAGGGGCCUAAAGGCUGGUGCUCGGGUUGUUAAAUGGGUAACUGGAAGCAGAAGAUAUGAAGCAGCGAGUGUACUGUCAUUUACUCCCCAGCUAGUUAUCAUGAGGCUUUGUUGGGUCCUUGACAAUAUAAAUGGAGUUCGAGAGGAUCUGCAAAAAGGGGAGGUCCUAUUUGGAACAAUAGAUACAUGGCUUGUGUGGAAAAUGACCAAAGGGAAAGUUCAUGCUACUGACCUAUCCAAUAUAAGCUGCACUGGCCUGUAUGAUCUGUACGUAUCUAGAUGGAAUAGUAUUCACAUGUCAUAUCUUGGUCUACCAAGCUCACUGCUGCCUGAAAUUAGAGACACAAGUGGAGACUUUGGGAUUUGCGACCCAGUCUUGUUUGGUGUGGAGAUUCCAAUAAAAGCUGUGGUUGGAGAUCAGCAGGCCGCCCUCUUUGGUCAGUGCUGCUUCAGGUCAGGGGAUAUGAAAAUAACCUUGGGAACGGGAGCGUUUACCGUCGUCAACACGGGGAAGAUGCCGUCAGUGCCUGCCCAAGGUGCAUAUCCUUUGAUUGGCUGGAAAAUCAAGGAUGACAUCUGUUACAUCACUGAAUGCAACCAAUCGGAUUGCGGGACUUUGGUGGACUGGGGUCAAUCUAUGGGUUACUACAAUAGCCCUGCAGAAACAGAUGGUGAAGCGAGAUCAGUGGAUGACAAUGGUGGUGUUUAUUUUGUCCCAGCUUUCAAGGGUUUACAAGCCCCAAUCAAUGAUAACUGUGCAUGUGCCUGUCUCAUCGGGUUGACCCCUAGGACAAAACCAGCUCAUGUCACGAGGUCACUGCUAGAAUCAGUUGUAUACAGGGUAAAACAGCUCUAUGAAGUUCAGAAGAAGGAGAGUAGGGUCAAGCUAAAUCAAGUAAUCAGAGUUGACGGUGGGGUCAGUCGGAAUGAAUUCAUUUUACAGAUGACUGCCAAUCUCCUAGGACAGCCCAUAGAGCGUCCUACAAACCUGGACAUGUCUUGCCUUGGUGCCGCCUUCCUGGCUGGUCUAGCUUCAGGAAUCUGGAAGAACAAAGAAGAACUCCAGGCUCUUAGAAAGAAGGAUGCUGUCUUUGAGCCCAAGCCCAUCACAACGGAAGAGAAGGAAUUCCGGACCUGGGAACGGGCUGUCAAGAGAGGGCUGGCUUGGUAUACCAGCUAAGUCAGCAGGGGGCCUUUUCAUAAAGCUGUUUGUGAGUUAUGCACAACUGGUGACCAUUUCUUAUGCUACAUGAUAUACCAAACUCUUUCCCCAUAUUAUAGUUGAUGUAUCAUUCCAUAAUUCUAUUGAAAUCCUGGCCCCGUGGCAGAAAGAGUUGCGUUUGAAGGAAUCUAAAAAAACCAAAUCAAUUGCAAUUCCAUAAUAUGUGCUUUCCAUUGUUUGACAUCAAGGUACAUUUGAUUUUCUGAGUUGUGUUUGAUUGCAACGGUUUCUGCAACAGGCCCCUUGACAGAUUACUAAUUUUUGCAUUCCAAUGCUUGUUAUCAAAGAUUAGAAUUUUCAUCUCAAAAGAGUGGAUUUCAAGUAUAGUUGAUGGGAAAACAGAUGAUUAAGAAUCUGCAUUAGCAUAAAAAAGGGUCACUAGUCACAGGUAGUCUCUUGUUACUAACGAGCAGCUUUACGAUCUACACACAUUCCUCAUUUACCUGACCAGGGGGGUGUUUCACUGAGAUUUAAGUAUGACUUAGAGCCGCACUUAAAUUUUAGUUGAGUGUGGUAUCAAGCAAAUCACCUCAUUGGUCAGAUUAUGCCAAGAGGACGCAGGAUACUCCGUAUUAACCAAUAAGAUUGCGCGUUACAUAUCAUGUGCGCAUCAGCAUUUAAGCAUGACUUGAAGUCACACUUAACUCUUUGUGAAACACCCCCCCCCCCCCCGGUGCUUAAUCACCCUACCUCGGCAUUAAAGAGUGAUCUUUGCAGCAAUUUAUACUGAAUAGAAGGUGCAAGCAGGUGUUGUACACCUCAGAAGCUCUUUGUCAAAAUAACAGUACAAUUGUGAUUGUAGGCAAAAUUUCAAUCCAACUCUUCUUAAGGUAUUUAUGAAAUUUCUAGCAUUUAUUGACUUACGUCCAUGUUAGGAGUGUACAUUGUAAAAUUAUGGAUUGUUUGAGAAGUGGUAAUGUGGCGUACUGUAAGGGCCGUGUGGUUAAAAACCUCCUUGCCAAUGAGAUAUUCAUUCAUCUCUUGGUAAAGAUAUUAUGACUUGGUACAGAUCAGUGGUUACCUAAAAUCUGUAUGAUGAAAAUUAACCUACCUCGAAUGCAACAUCGUGGGGGCAUUUCAAGAAGAUGUCUGUCACUGAUUUUCACCCAAAGAUGUUAUAAGCUACAGGAAAUCCUUGCUUCUGAUUGGCCGAGAGCAAGUUAGUUGAUGGAAAAUCACACAGAGAUAACUCCUCGUGAAAGGCUCCCCGGAUGAUAUUCAGGAGCAUUGUCCUGUGGUUUGCAUUGAAAGUGUGUCACAGUAUUGAAAGUAAAAAUGAUUUUAAAUCUCAUACCAAUAAGUUGCAAUCAUGAACAACUUAAUUAAGGAGUAUCUAAAUAAUCAAGUAUUGCUCUAUUUUUGUUGAUUUAGUUUAUCAAAAUGAAUGUAUAUUUUUUUUAUGAUGCAUAAAAAAAUAUCAAUCUGAAUAUUGUACAGAUCAAGUAUCUAAUCAGAGAAAAAUUUAUGGGACUGGGUGUUUAUUCAAACAAGAUGAGUAAUUCUGAAUGCCAAUUCCAGAAAUAGCGCUUUCCAAAACCCCUGUUACAGCAUACAUGUAUAUAUGUCAGAAUGCUGUAUUCUAAACAGCCAAUGCUCUUCAUAUCUGAGAAUCAGAGCAUUAUUCAGCAACAUCAUAAAUUGAAAUGAAAGCAUUACAGUACAAGGGAAUGUGCAUAGAAAGUGUGUGUGUAUUGCGUAUCUGCAGAAAAUCUGCAACAUUUGCAGUAUUAUGUAUACGAGUAUAAUAGCACAAUAUUUUGUUGUCGAGGGUACUAAUCCGCACAGUAUAAGAAUUCAUAAAAAGUGGAACCUUCCUGCCAGGCACUUCUGCAUUAUAGAAGUCAAUAUAACAGCAGUGCUGACUUUAUAACAAUCAAACAUUUUCCCUUUUUAUUGUAGCCUUAGAAUGUACACAGCGUCUCCUACAUGUAUGUUUUGCUUCUGCUAUGCAGGCAAGAAAAAAAUUAGAAGGUGAAUUCACUGAACUUUGUUCUCGUACACUAUAUUAAAAGGAUCAUAUCCGUAAAGUAGCCGCAAAAUUUGUGGAUCGUGUAUAUGAAUACUCAGUUACUUGUUUAAAUGCAUUUAUUUGCAAUUUGAAAUAAUUUGCAGAUCGUGUCUUCAUGUUUUACCAAAUGAAUCGAUAUUUUGAUUGACCAAAUGUUUAUAUUCUUUCAUACUUUCUAUUCUUUCAUUUUGACAUAUAUAUUAUGCAUGCUUUAAAAAUAUUACUAUCUCAGAAAUUUUAUAUAUUUACUAUUGUAUAAAUAUGGAAUAUGCAUGGAAUCUGUUAUAGGCUAUUAACUCUUUGCACACUGAAUUUAUUUUGGGGGAUUAUAAUGACAAUUGUUUAAUUCAAGAUAUUCAUAUUGCACCAUUUUAUACUUAUUAUCAUUAUAUAGAUAUUAUCCAAGAACUAUUGCCUUUAUUAGCUUAUCUAAUUUGAUGGUAGGGGAGAAAACUAAUUAUUAUGAUUGAUGAAUUAAUUGUACGAAUGUGCAAAAUUACAACAUCAGCGUGCAAAGGGUUAAUGGUUUUAUUAUCUGUAUAUUCAGUCUUUGACCUGUAUAUGAGUAAAGGUCACAGUGGUAUUCAGCAGCCUUCAUAUUUUUUUUCUUAUUGAUUUAUUCAGAAUUGUUACGUUGCCUUUUACAUGGAAAUGCAUUUGUGUAUGUUUUCAUUUGGUCAGCCUUUGAAUAAUUUGUGUACAACUGAAAUAGUUAGGAAUUUUUUUUCAUUUGGCAGGGCUCGACAUUAGCAGGCACCCGGAUCAGGCGUUCAAAAUUUCCAGAAUUGAUUUCCAAUUCCUUCCAUCGAAUAAGUUCCUAAAUAUGUCAGAGCUUUAUGAAAAGAGAAGAUGCCCCUAUUUCAGAUAUUCUGUGUUCUGAGAGACUCUUUAUUAAACUCCCAGAAUUAACUAUUCUCCAAGAAGAAAUACAAUUCACAGGAAAGUCAUAAAAGAAAUAAAAGUAGAAGUUAUCAACAUCACACAUUAAGGCAUAAUUGUUCAGAACAUGUUUUUAGGUAAUGCUGGUAAUAUCGGAUAUAUAAUAAAUUUCUCAUACAUUCCGGAAUGAACUCUAUCCUGGAAGAAAUAUAAUUCAAGUAUCUUCCUGACUAUGCCGGAAAGGGAAACAAAAUGCAAUAGAAGUUGUCAACAUCAAGGUUGAUUGUGUGUGCAUGAUGGUUGGGUCACUAAAAAUGAAAUUUUAUUCUGGGCGCCCAAAACUGAACUUUAUGCGCUCAAAAUUGCAAAAUUAUAAAAUCUGGGCGCCUGGCCAGAUUCCUGGGGAAAAAAUGUUGUCGAGAGCCCUGUAUCCAAAAAAGGUCGCAAAGCUUUCUUUGAUGGGCCUCAAGGUCUGUCAAAAUUAAGUAAAACGUGAAAAAAAAUUGUAACGUCUUCAAUCUCAACUUGAUUGAUGCCUAAAGAGAUGGGGGAUUUUUUUUUACAAAAUAAUCCAAUAUUUGUUAUCUUGUUUGUUAAUUCUUCAUUAUUGUAAAGUACUAAAUAUUUUUCAUUAGAAUAAUUAACAUCAUUUAUAUAGCGCUUAUCACAAAGAAUGUCUCUAAGCGCUUAAGGAAAAUACAUAGGAAGACAAGAAAUUUCAGCUAAAAUCAAAUUAUACAUGUUAACAGUUGAAAGUAGACAGUUGAAGCCGCAUAUGCUAAGGAUGAUCUAUUUAACGAAAAGAUGAGUUUUUAACAUAGAUUUGAAUUUGUCAGUUGAGUCUGCUUGUUUUAUGCUCUGAGGAAGGUUGUUCCAAAGUUGAGGGGAUGCUGAACAAAAAGAUCGGGAACCAUAAGACUGGGUGUUGAUGGCAGGAACUUUUAAGAGUGAUUUUUUGCAUGAGCGCAAGUUGCGGGAGGGUGAGUAUUCUGAUAUUAAUUGUUGAAGGUAGACUGGAGCUGAUUUUAUCAAACAUUGGAAAUUCAUCAACUCAUGUGAGUGUUUAAUCUAUUGUAUAGUUAUUGUUACUGAACUGUCAUCUUUCAAUCAGUUCAUUGGUUUAAAUGCAGCCCUCGUAAUGCUUCAGCGCCUAUAAUGCGGUAGGUUCGCUACAGCCAGAACUUCAGUAUUAUAUUAUUUUUCAAUUUUGAUAAAAAGAGGUUACAAAAUGUGCAUGUGAAAGAAAUAGUACUUUAGUCCUGUCUGAAAUCACAACAAAUUAAGAUUACAAUUAAAUUUGUUUUAAAAUUGCUACUUCAUUGUAAUAGAGAAAAGAUCAUUUUAAUUUUUCAAUCUUUUGAUUAAUGCUUGUCACAGUUACAUUGUCUUUCAAUGAAAAAAUGCUGCUUGUUGUAAUAGGAAAUAAUUCAUUUUUUUCAUUUCACAAUGUUUUUAUGACUGCUUGAUAAAGUUAAAUUGUCUUAUAAGAAUGAUUUGUGUGUGUAAUCUGGUAUUAUAAUAUAGUACAUGUUUUUUUAAUGGAAUUGAUCAAAGUUCAUUUAUGUAUAUGAUUAUAGAGUUAUAUGAUAACCAAUUCAGGGUAUUUGUAAUAUUUUGGUUUAAAAUAUUUCUAAUUAAAUAGUAAAUCAUGCCAAAGUUU